AUGAUAAAAAGUUGUGCAAACACUAAAGUGGUCAUUUAUAUAGGAAUUUCUCUUUUUUUAUUUUUGGUAAUGUGUAUAAUUGGGUGCUUUUGGCACUGGAAACGCCACAAUACAAGAAAAUUUACCUUACCAACUAUUUUGCAAUUGGAAAGGAGAAGGAAACCCUCCUCUAAUUCCCGUAUUAUUAAACCAAAGCAGAAAAUUUUAGUUGAAACUGAAGUCUACAUAGAUGCUAAUGGAGAAAAUAAGGUAGAAGGAAACUAUGAAAAUGUGAAUGUGCGCUCUUUUAAAACUGAAGAAGAAAAAGAUGAUAAACUAUAUGAAAACUCUCAGCAGCCUAAUUUUGAGGAGCAUGUAUAUGGAAAUGAGACUCAAACUGAAUAUUGUAACUUCCAGAAGACUAGUGCUUCUGAAGAUUGUCAAGAUGAAGACAUCUAUAUUCUUCCUGAUGCAUAUUGA